CUCUCGCCACUGUGCUGCCAGCUCCGUCUCAUGUCAAACGACGCAAGAUAACAGAACAGAGUUUGAAGAUGAGAGUAUCAGAGUCAAAAAUGAAAGUGUACAGCAAGAACUGAACAAUUAUUUUAACACGGAGGGACCCAACAUCACAUAUGAGGACAGUGAGAAUUUUCAGACUCAAGGUUUUCAAAAACGCUUCAGUCACUGUCAAGAGGAGAUGUUGAAGUAUUAUUGUAGAAAUUGCUUUGAGAUUUUCAGUGAAUCCAUGAGUGAACUUGGAAAGGAGAACUGGUGUAUUAUGGAGAUGGUGAUAAGACACUACAACCAGUUAACUAUGUGUAUCGAGAUCGUAUCCAAUAUGUCAGAUUGCUUUUACCCUAAUCGUGUUGUGGAGCAGCAGUUUGUGAAGAUACACCAGCAGUACUUCAGCCUUUGCAGCAAUGAAGAGGAUUUACUGGAUGCCCCCGCUGGAGUCGUGCUUGUAGCCACUCUGCUGCCUAUCCUCCUCAUACCCUUCAUAGUGUACAUUGUGGUCUGGAAGAGUAGUUUAAGGGACUGAAUGCUUUUACAUUAUCCCAGAAAGUGAUAAAAACUCUUUACUCACCCUCAUGUCAUUCCAAACCUGUGUGGCUUUCAAUCUUCUAAAGAAGAUAUUUUGAAGUUGUUGUUUUUCAGAGCAAUGAAAAUGAUUGGAAUGAACUUAGGGUAAGUAAAUGAAGACUCAGUUUUUAAAGCAAGAGCCAGCUUUAAAGUAAACGUUGAAUGUAUACAGUUCAUGUGGCUCACAAUGAUGUAAAUAAAAUACACGCAGUGGGUGUGUGAUUUUUCUGCACACGUAUAACUAAGAGUAAAAGAGUCUGAUAUAAUGUACGAUUUGUGAUCAUGAUAUUAAUAUACUGUGACACUGAAUUUUUAAUUAUGAAAUACUGAAUGCAUGUAUCCUGCUGUACUUUAUUCUGUUGUUGAAUGUCAGUUUACAACUAUUCGUUUAAGUUUGAAACUUGUUCAACAAAUGUAUAUCUAAAAAAAAAUUAAACAAAAUAUGAAGGGCUUGUUUUGAAUACAUUAUAUAAGGAUAUGCAUAAUGUAUGCAUAAUGCCUUAUAAAAAACAUUAUAUUAUAUAUCUGUGUUGCAUCAUCUGUGUUGAAUAAUCAUAACUACGGUUAUAAUAAUUCCUAACUCUUUGUUGUUUUAGGAGUGCAAUGU